UUGCAUAGUUCGCACUUAUUUGUUUGUUUCGGAGUCUCCACAGCUCGCGACUCGUCCAUUCGCGGCCCGCACAGAACUUGCACCUCACGAAUUUUAUUAUCGCGUCGCAUUUCUUUUAUGCGGUAUAGAAUGGUGGAAAUGCUAAGAAAAUUGCAGCUGCGGCGGAUUUCGCGAUUUAUUGAGAUGACCUUAUCAAAACUGUCAAUUGAUAAGCUCAAUUUGAGAGAUAAACGUGUUCUUAUUCGAGUCGAUUUCAACGUCCCAUUAAAAGAGGGCAAAAUUACGAAUAAUCAACGAAUUGCUGCAGCAAUACCAACGAUUAAGUACGCACUGGAUAAUGGAGCAAAAUCGGUUGUGCUUAUGUCUCAUCUUGGACGACCUGAUGGUCGGAAGCAACCACAAUUCACUAUGGAACCGGUUGUUGCUGAAUUAAAAGCACUGUUGAAUAGAGAUGUUAUAUUUCUUCAUGAUUGUGUUGGUCCUGAGGUAGAAAAAGUGACAGCAAGCCCGACACCGGGAAGUGUAAUAUUACUCGAAAAUUUGCGAUUUUAUCUGGAAGAAGAAGGAAAAGGAGUCGAUGAGAAGGGUGAAAAGGUUAAAGCUGAUGCUGGAAAUAUUGAAAAAUUUCGUUCUUCAUUAACAAAACAUGGAGAUGUAUAUAUAAAUGAUGCGUUUGGAACCGCUCAUCGUGCUCAUAGUUCGAUGGUAGGAAUCCAUUUGAAUCAACGAGCAACAGGAUUUUUGAUGAAAAAAGAAUUGGAUUAUUUCGCUAAAGCACUUGAGAACCCCAUUCGUCCAUUUCUUGCGAUUUUAGGUGGAGCAAAAGUCGCAGAUAAAAUUCAGCUGAUUCGAAAUCUCUUGGACAAGGUUGAUGAAAUGAUUAUUGGCGGUGGAAUGGCCUAUACUUUUUUGAAAAUUAUCAAUGGUAUUAAUAUUGGAAAAUCAUUGUUUGAUGAAGAGGGUGCUAAAAUUGUUGGUAAUUUAAUGGAAAAAGCGAAAUCGAAGGGAGUAAUUAUCCAUUUACCCGUGGAUUUCAUCAUUGCUGAUAAAUUCGCUGAGGAUGCAUCUUUUAAAACUUCAAAUCUGAGUUCCGGAAUCCCGGAUGAAUAUAUGGGUCUUGAUAUUGGUCCCGAAACAACGAAACAAUUCGCAGAUGUUGUUCUUGGAGCAAAAACUAUUGUGUGGAAUGGACCAGCUGGAGUCUUUGAAUGGGAAAAUUUUGCUCAUGGCACCAAAGGAAUCAUGGAUGCAGCUGUGCAAGCAACGGCCAAAGGAGCUGUUACUAUCAUUGGUGGUGGUGAUACAGCGACUUGUUGCAAAAAAUGGAAGACAGAAGAUAAGGUCAGCCAUGUGAGCACUGGUGGUGGCGCCAGCUUGGAGCUUCUUGAGGGUUAUCAAGUUUUGUUCGGAAAGGUACUUCCGGGCGUUGAUGCGUUAAGUCCAGCAUGA